AGUUCAGCGCGAAAAGAAGGCACAAGAUGAAAGUCCUCUGCAUUGUGAUUUGCCUGGCCAUUCCGAUGGUCUUGUGCCAUCCGCAGGUGAAGACGCACCAAGUGCCAGUCAAUCUCACCCUGAAUACCACCAUCUUCGCCACUCCAGCGAACAACAACACGCAUCUCUAUCCUUCGCUGAGGAAUCUCACGGACAUCACGGACUCCUGGAGGAAUGCCGCCAACAGAACGCAGAUGUUUCUCAACAAGACGCGCCAAGAAAUGAGCAGAGGAAUUUGCUACGAGGAAGUGCCCACCGUCACUCUCGUGGCCAACCCACGCGGCAAUAUUCCCGCCGGCAACGGCUCCAAUCCCUCGCUCAGCCGCAUCCAGAUCUGCUGCACCGGCUACGAGCGCAACCCGCACAACUUCCGCCUCUGCGACCCCAUCUGUCACCGGUCCUGCGAGAACGGCCUGUGCGUGGCGCCGGACACGUGCGCCUGCUACCCAGACUACGGCGUCGAUCUGGACGGCAAGUGCAUCCCGGUGUGUCCGAUCGGCUGCAGCAACGGCGAGUGCCAGCCGAACGGGCGCUGCAAGUGCAACAAGGGCUUCGUUCCUGAUCCCACGGACAAGUUCUGCAUCGAGGGCGUCCAGUGCGACUCCGCCUGCCUCAAUGGCUACUGCACGGGCUACAACAAGUGCACCUGCCACGCCGGAUACCUUCCGCACCCCACCAACGGCUACAUGUGCAUGCCCCACUGCCCCGCCGGCUGCCCCAAUGGCGUCUGCUCCGGACCGAACUUCUGCAUCUGCAACGCAGGCUUCAUCAAGGAUCGCAGCACGAAGGGCAGCCAAGCGUGCGUGCGCCGCCUCUGAACCGCCUAACAAAAUCGCACAAUUUGUCCUGUUUGUAUUCAUUUAUAUUUGUCUCUCUCAACUAUAAUACAUUUUACAACAAA